GUCGCCAUCUUUGUGUACCUUGGAGAAGCCGUUUUCAGAAGGGCAAAUUUUUCUUUGCAUGUGCUCUCGAAAAACUGUGCAAUGUUUGUGAAAGACAAACCGCUGACCUUGAGGGGCAGUUCUUCGCUCCUUUAUAACAACCUUGCUGUGUUGAAGAAUCCAGAGAAAGGUAUCACAAGCUACGGGGUAUGCCAUAAGUCGCUGGUGAACAUCGUGAGCUGUGGGAUGAGUGGAGCGACCAACCACAGGCAGGUGAUCUGCCACAAGGAUGCCUCCUCCCAGUCAUCCACUGUAGUAAUGCAGGCUAAAUGGGUAAAACUUUCAACAAGGACAGUCCUUUUGCUGACAACACAAAGAGGAGUGCAGAUGUUUGAGCCAGACGGAUCAGCUAUGCUCUACUGGCAUGCACUACCAGACAUCAGUGCUGAGGACUUGCAAGCCUGUUUUGUACGUGGAGUAGCUGGAGCAGAAACUGAAGAUCUGGCUACUAUAUGUGUUGGAAACCAUAAGGGAGACAUUUUGGUAUUUGAAAUUCCACCCAAAGGAAUAAAUGUUAGUUUGCUUGAAGUUUUACAAGGUCAUUCCAGUGCAAUAUGUGAUCUAGCCUCUGAUGGUGAGCUUGAUGGACGUGUUUUUAGUAGUGAUGACAGUGGUGCCAUUGUGAUGUGGAAGGCAGGAGAACCAUUCCAGCAAAUGCUCAAGAUAUCAGGAGCUGGCUCUCCAUGCUGCAGCUUAGCUGUAUGGAAGAACAUGGUGGUAGGAGGGUAUGGCUCAGGUCACCUAAGACUGUACAAUACAGACACUGGGAACCUUGCUGCAGAAGUGACGGCACAUGCACGAUGGAUUAAUGCAGUUGAUGUUGCCAAAAAUACAGGCCUGUUAUUAUCAGUCAGUGAAGAUUCAUUUAUAAGAAUAUGGCAGCUAAAGGAAGGAAAUUCACCAGAGAUUUCCUUUGUGUUUGGAGAAGCAGUAACGGACCUACAGCUAGUUGGGGGAUGUUUUAAUAACGACGACGGCAUUUCCUUUGUCACUACUGGCUAUGACAACAACGACAUAGUGAUGUUUAAGCAGGCAUAAUCAUUUAGGUCAACGUGGGAUUGUGAUAGAUGUACAUGUAUAAAUUCACAACUGGUUUUUCCAUUGAGUGGACUAAGUGGUUUUGUCGCUGUUGUGUAUAUCAGCUUUAACAUUGUAAGAGUGCGGCAUUUCAGAUAGUUUAAGUCACUUUUUGGGCAAAAAUCUCAUGUAAAACUUUGCGUACUGUUGCGUUUCACAAAGGAUCUGAAAUUCCGGUAACUUCGAUUUUUUUGAGUAUUUCGAGUAACCCACCCCCACCCCCAGCAAAUUGUGAUUGUCUUGACUAAAAUUUGUGCCCUCAGCGGUGACAAUAUGCUUUAGGUAUGUUAAAUACUUUUAUUGUAGGUCAGUCAUCCUUAAUCGCUCUUAGGCCAAUACCACAAAAUCCAUUUUGCGUAUUUUAGUCGGCUGUCUCAUUUUAAUAGCAUAAGCUUAACCCAAGACUAUGGUAUGAAACGGGCCCCAGGUAAGUGGAGAAUGGGCGGACGCUACGUACAGACAGUGGUUCUGAUCUUCAUAGUGAUAUAGUGUUCUUUUACGUGAGCAAGUUUUUUAUUGAAAAUUUGUGUGCUUGUUCAGUCUGUCAGACGUAAUACCGAUCAUGAUUUUCUUUCUACUAUGAUGAGUUUAGAAAAGGUUGAAAGAUUAUAACCAAGAGUGACGACAUAAUUUAUCAUGGCUUUUGCAAAUCCAUCAGCGAGGCAUAUUAGUAUACGUGUAAGUGAUUUUGUUCCGUCCCUAUGUCGCCACAGUAAGACCUCAAAAGUAUAUUUACGGUGUCAUUUUUUUCAAUUGAUGGAACGUGGAGCAAUUCUAAUGUUUUAAAGAGUUUUCCUGGAGAAGUUUAAAUGUUAAGUUUAUAUUUAUAAGGCGUGUACAUAUGAUAUUUUGUAAAGUGUUUAGUUUCUAACAUAUAUGAUUCAUAUAUGGGACUGUUUAUUUAAGCCCUUGUCAGCAUUCUGGCAUUAUAAGGUCCCAGCCAUUUCUGUCUUGGGGUGAACUGUUUGUUCUGAUAUUUCUUAUAUGAUACUUAUAGGAGCAUAGUAUCGCUGCCCUGGAUUCAUCCAGUAAAGAAACUGGCAGAAAAAUAUGGAUUAAGUGGAAUAUCUUAUCUCAUUCAUAUCUUUGUAGUUUUCUUUUUGUAAAUCUGCCUAAUAAAUGUAUUUAUGUAUACUG